AAAAACACGUUUCAUCUUCCAUUGUCAAUGUAGACACAAAAUAUUUCAACCACUCGUAAAUAAAAAUGUUUAUUUUUCUUUGUAAAUAUGUCUGUUUCUUUUAUAUUUCAAAAAUAACCGUUAUUCGUAAUUCUUUAGAGUUCGAAUUUACUCAAAUUUCACCCCAUACAAUAAACAAUCGUUUAAAAUAUAUGUUUCUACUUGAUAUAUUUCAAUACAAUCAAAUGUUAGGUUAUGAGUUCAUCAUAACCACAAAUAAUUGAAGAUUACGACGUUAUUUUCGUAUCUUUUUCAUCUACAUUUGCAUAAAAUCGAUAUUCAUCGAUUAAGAAACUUCGUUAACCGCUAUAAACAUUUUUAGUAACAUCGGAAAGGAUGUUGUCUUUUUGUUUGAGGUUAGGUUACGAUUUUUGGCUUCUGUGGUUCGAUGGUCGCUUCUGUGAUGGUUUAUUUGUACUUCACUGAAUCUAUAGCAAAUUCUAGCUUAUUUAAUUUAUUUUGAACGAUUCCUGUUGUUAAAGAUGAUGUAAAAUGUUUAAAAAUUUUUAUCGUACGUGUCCAAAGUCGAAAAAAUUCCGUUUUCGUGAAAAUAUUUUCGUUUUAUUAAAAAAAAAACAUGGAACAAAUCUAAAGAUGUAUAAAUUUUGAUUUUUGUUAAUAUAUUGUUUAGUUAGAUGUACAUAUACAGGGUGUUUCGAGAAAAAUUCGAGGGGGAGUGUAUGACGCGAAAAUAAUGCUGUGACGUAGAAAAAAAAUUGGUAAUUAUCUAGGUUAGGUUAUAAUAUAGUGUCAUAAACACAAUUUUCUUACAUACGACCCCUCGUUUAUGAGUUAUAGGCUUUCAAAGUUGCUGAAUUAAAAUUUAUUUUUAAUUAUAUUUUCUAAACUAUACAUACGAUUAUUACGAUUUUUUUAUAAAUGAUUAAAUUAGUCUUUGUAGUGUAUUUGACAGUAUAAAUAAUUCGAUACUACUAUUUAAACGACAGGGACGGCUUAUACUAGAUUGUUAAUAAUACGUAACUUUUUCAAGGACAAUCUGUAUAAUCUAAAGUGGUAAAAAUGUAUUUUUAUAAAGAUUUUUCGACAAAAAAAUACUUUAUGUUCACAAUUUGUGAUAAUUAUUUUCGUAAUGUCUCUUUAUAAAAAAAAAACAGUUUUUUUGAUAUAUACUACGAUAUAAAAAUCUAAAUAAUUUCUAAAUAAUAAAUUUUAUCGGGUUAAACAAACAGUAGUACGUUUUUCUUAAAAAAAUCGAUUAAAAAAUUCGUUUUUACUAUCUUUAAAUUAUACAGAUUGUCCUUGUAAAAAUUACGCUUAAUUAACCAUUGAGGAUGAUCCGCCCCUGUACUUCAGAUAAUAGUUUAUUAGUUACAUACUUUCCGAUUAUUGUUUUAGCGUAAUAAAUUUCGAUUUUAAAAAAUUUUCAUACGACGUUUCGUUUCUGAAAUAUAAUCUUUCAAAUUUUCGAAAUUAAAAUUUAUUUUUAAUUAUAUUUUCUAAACUAUACAUACGAUUAUUACGAUUUUUUUAUAAAUGAUUAAAUUAGUCUUUGUAGUGUAUUUGACAGUAUAAAUAAUUCGAUACUACUAUUUAAACGACAGGGACGGCUUAUACCAGAUUGUUAAUAAUACGUAACUUCUACAAGGACAAUCUGUAUAAUCUAAAGUGGUAAAAAUGUAGUUUUAUAAAGAUUUUUCGACAAAAAAAUACUUUAUGUUCACAAUUUGUGAUAAUUAUUUUCGUAAUGUCUGUUUAUAAAAAAAAACAGUUUUUUUGAUAUAUAAUACGAUAUAAAAAUCUAAAUAUUUCCUAAAUAAUAAAUUUUAUCGGGUUAAACAAACAGUAGUACGUUUUUCUUGAAAAAAUCGAUUAAAAAAUCCGUUUUUACUAUCUUUAAAUUAUACAGAUUGUCCUUGUAAAAAUUACGGAUUAUUAACCAUUGAGGAUGAUCCGCCCCUGUACUUCAGAUAGUAUUUUAUUAUUUACAAACUUUCCGAUUAUUGUUUUAGCGUAAUAAAUUUCGAUUUUAAAAAAUUUUCAUACGACGUUUCGUUUCUGAAAUAUAAUCUUUCAAAUUUUCGAAAUUAAAAUUUAUUUUUAAUUAUAUUUUCUAAAUUAUACAUUCGAUUAUUACGAUUUUUUUAUAAAUGAUUAAAUUAGUCUCUGUAGUGUAUUUGACAGUAUAAAUAAUUCGAUACUACUAUUUAAACGACAGGGUCGGCUUAUACUAGAUUGUUAAUAAUACGUAACUUUUACGAGGACAAUCUGUAUAAUAUAAAGUGGUAAAAAUGCAUUUUUAUAAAGAUUUUUCUAAAAAAAAAUACUUUAUGUUCACAAUUUAUGAUAAUUAUUUUCGUAAUGUCUCUUUAUAAAAAAAAAACAGUUUUUUUGAUAUAUAAUACGAUAUAAAAAUCUAAAUAUUUCCUAAAUAAUAAAUUUUAUCGGGUUAAACAAAUAGUAGUACGUUUUUCUUAAAAAAAUCGAUUAAAAAAUCCGUUUUUACUAUCUUUAAAUUAUACAGAUUGUCCUUGUAAAAAUUACGUAUUAUUAACUGGACAGGGACGGCUUACACCCGUUUUUUAUUAAUACGUAAGUUUUACAGGGACAAUCUGUACAAGAUACUUCGUUGGAUGCGUUUUUCUUUAUCUUUGCAGCUAUAAAGUUUUGGAAAACAUUGUAUAAAUUGAUUAUUCAUCAUUUCAUUGUAUCGUAGGUAAGCGAAUUAGCUGGUUUAUGUUAAUAAGCGACUUCCUUUAAUUUACUGUCCAAUAUACCGUUCAAAGAACAUUGUUCUUUGUUUAUCGAUAGAAUAUGUUGAAGUACUUAAAACUAUUGUAAUAAUAAAAUAUAAUGGAACCGUUCAAAAUGAUAUUUAACUAGUUAAUUUCGAAUGCAAAUAAAAAGUAGUAAAUUUUCUUUUAAAUCGUUUCGAUUCAAAGAACUUACUGUAGUUAUAUGGCAUUCUAACUAAUUAUACGGAUUUGUACAGGGUGGACCAAAUAUAAAACUGCCCAUAUCCCCUUUAAAAUUACGUAAUUAACAUUUUUGGGGUCUAGAAAAUCGAAAAAUCGUCCGAUUUCGAUGAAAUUUUUUUUAAAAUGUUCGUUUUCACGGCGAAUUAACGAAAAUAAUUACGGGAAUAAAAAAAAAUCGGAAACCUAUAUUGGUUUCAGGGAUUUAAAUGUUUGAAAAUGCAUAUAAUUGAUGAUAACUUUUUUUCUGAUAAUCAAAUGAAGUUGUUAUAUUUUUUUUCUUAAUCUACGCAAAAAAACGAACAAAUUUAAAAAAAAAAUUAUAAUAAAAUGUUGAUUUAUCAUGUUUUUACAAUUAAAAAUUGACGUAUUCUCGUAUAUAAUCGUUUUUAUUAAGUAAUAUGAACAAAAUUAUUCUUAAAAUCACUUAUUGUAAUCAAAUUCACAAUAUUACAAGUUAAUUUUGAAAAAUUGACAAUUUUCACAAUUAAAAAAAUGAUAUCUCACUAAAAUUGACUAUUAAAAUCAUUUUAAACUCACGAAACCGUAUAAAAUCGUCAAGUGAGAUAUUUUCUAUAUUUAUUUUCAUAAAUCCGCCGUAAAAACGAACAUUUUAAAAAAAAUUUCAUCGAAAUCGGAUGAUUUUUCGAUUUUCUAGACUACAAAAAACGAAGCCACCUCGAAACUAUAAAAUUACAAACAGAAAAAACACGGUUAAGACUAUUUUCGAAACGUCAUAAAAACAAACUGUCAAUUAAUAUGACAUUUGACACUUAUAUCAGCUGAAAUGGGUUGCAAAUCCAUCAAACUAAAUCAAAUUGAAUAUUUUUACAGUUUGGUUUGACAUUAUAGAGUUAUUAGCUGUCAAUUAUCAAUCUUCUUUUUUCAUCAUUGAUUUCUAUUCAUAUCUAACAUUAAAUACAGUACAAAAUGGCGUCCACGUUGCUAUUCGCAGUGAUAUAGCGCGUGCGCGUCGUUAUCGUUAUAUCUAUAAUUAUUGUUAUUGAAUAAUUUUGAUAUUGUACCAAAAAUUUCCGCCGCGUUAAUGCGGGAAACGAUGAUGUGUAUUUAAAAUCUGUGCAAGAUAUUUAACUCUCGAUAGGGGUACUUUUAUUAAGACAUAAAUGACAUCGAUAAUUAGAAUAAAUUGCUUUCUAACCCCCUUAUUCAAUUAAGUGCUAGUAAUAUUAACUGAAUUCCAUAAUUUACGAAUUUUAUUUUUUGAAGUUGGUUUCGCUAGACAUCGAAUUAAGUAAUGUAUUCAUCCGCCUCAAGAUGGUGCUUUUAAACAGUCAAACGUCAAGUUCAAAAUCCGAAUUGACGUUUCUAUGUUCUAGGUGAAUAUUUGUUUAAUAAAUUUGAAAUCUAAUAAAUAUUUUUGUAGUCUAGUGGAAAUCUGUGUUUGGUUUAUACGAAAGGCGGUGUUUACGAUCGUUCUGAUAAAACAUUCAAUUAGGGACAAGGUUUGAUCUGAUCGCUGCUGGCGGGUUUGCGAGAGUUGCGUAAACGACUCCAAUAGAGAGAUAUAAAAGGGGCGGAGCCACGGGCGCCUCCCAAUGGACAUAAAAGAGGCGCAUCUCGAAAUUUAUAACGACGCGAUUUAGUUCUAAAUAAGGAUUAGACAUAACUCGAAAUUUAUAACAAAACCAUAAGGAUUAAAUAAAAAAUAGACAUUUUUUUAAAAAAAUGUUUAGUAUUUUGUCUAUUCUAUCAUCUGUUAUGACGUUAAAACUUGGUAAUGGCAAUGUUGCCAAAUCGAAUUUAGUCGUAUUACGAUGAAUAACUGUCAGUGACUAUUUCAAUAGAGUAAUUUCUGUUUUUUAUUUUUCAUAUUCAUUCCGUUUAAAAUCGAUCCGUCUGGACCUCGCUAAAUUUUUUUUUACCUUCCAUCAUAAAAACUAGUCCUUAAUUAUAAUGGGCGUGGUGGUAUUUUACGACUUUCGAAACCCCAGACUGGUACUUUGAAGCCAUAACACAAUAAUUGAUAAUUCGGACCCAAUAGUUUGAGAAAAAUGUAUUUCUUCGAAAAUAUUCAAAUUCAAAAUAUGAAAUGUUAGAUUUGGAAUCGAAGAACUCAAAUUCUGAGGCGGAUACUGCUUAGACCAUUAUUAGAUUAAAAAAGAAGAGAAAACAUUUGGCGGGUUGAAGUUUUUUUUAGGUUAUAUCAAAUAUUCAAAUGCCAAAUCAGUUUUGGAACAAAAAACAGUGCUAGUACGAUGAAACCCAUUUUAAAAGAAGGAGAAUAUCAUGAAAAUAAAAGGAAAAAUGAUUUACCCUCGAUCUGUGGUCGGGAAAGGAAAGGGGUUGAGUUUUUAAGGGUAAAAAACGGUUUUUCUUGUUUUCUCGAAAAACUAAAUGUCCUAUAGGGAAACGUCAAAUAGAAAAGUUGUAGGUAAUGAAGAGAUCUAUAACUUUUGUAUUCACACUUUUUUCACAUAACCUCAAAAUUUAUCGUGACGUUUGAGCGAAGACAUCUUAGUUGGGUCAGAUACUUUUGGAACCGUCCUCGUAUAUGAAAUAUGUUGGAAAAAGGGGAGAAUAUGAUAAAAACAUUAGAAAAUUGAUUUACGAGCGAUAUGUGAUCGAAAAAUAGAAUGGGGUGAGUUUUUAAGGGUAAAAAACUGUUUUUCUUGUUUUCUCGAAAAACUAAAUGUCCUACGGGGAAACGUCAAAUAGAAAAGUUGUAGGUAAUGAAGAGAUCUAUAACUUUUGUAUUUACACUUUUUUCACAUAACCUCAAAAUUUAUCGUGACGUUUGAGCGAAGACAUCUUAGAUGGGUCAGAUACUUUUGAAACCGUCCUCGUAUAUGAAAUAUGUUGGAAAAAGGGGAAAAUAUGAUAAAAACAUUAGAAAAUUGAUUUACGAGCGAUAUGUGAUCGAAAAAUAGAAUGGGGUGAGUUUUUAAGGGUAAAAAACGGUUUUUCUUGUUUUCUCGAAAAACUAAAUGUCCUACGGGAAAAAGUCAAAUAGAAAAGUUGUAGGUAAUGAAAAGAUCUAUAACUUUUGUAUUUACACUUUUUUCGUAUAACCUCAAAAUUUAUGUGAAAAAUGAAAAAAACAAGUUUUUCGUUUAUAAUUUUUUUCUUUUACAAAAAACAUUUUUUUUUCACGAAAUUUUGUGAAAAGUUACCUUUUUAUGUCUCGUAUACACUGUAAUUUAUUCGAUUUGAAAUAAUUAUUUUUUCACGUUAUUUCGACUUAAUAUCGAAAAAGCACCCCAAUUUUCGAACGAAAAUUCUCCUUUCAAAAUAUUCGUUUUUAAAAAAAAAUCGUUUAGAUUUUCGUUCUUCGAAAUCUCUACUUUCUGAUGGUAUAAAAAAAUAUUACCAUCACCAUGGUAAAUUUUCUCAAAAAAGGCAAAAAAUAAUUUUUCACGUAAAUUGUGAGGUUAUGUAAAUAAAAAUGAAUUCAAAAUAUGUAGAUCAUUUUUGUUCUUUCUCCAUAGGGUUCGUAGUUUUACCAAAAAUCGAAAUAAACCGUUUUUCACCCUUAAAAACUCACCCCCUUUACCUUCCCGAUCUUAAAUGGGACGUAAAUUAUUUUCCCUUUCAAAAUGGAUCUAAAAUCAAGAAAUAUACACUUUAAAAGAUAUUAAUUCAAAUUUUUAUACCCCCAAGGGAUGUUUUUAAAUAAAUAGAACGUUUAAUAAUAAAUUUAGCACGUUUAGCAAUUUGGAAAAAUUCGAAAAAGCGACUCUCUUAAUUUAUGAUUGCUUGUGUUGAAAAUUUGAAAGAUUUAUAGAGAUAUAAAUCAAAUUCUACAAGAUACAAUUCAUAUUACAAAAUGCGCUAGUGAAUUUUACGAAAUUUUGUAGGCUAAUUAUCAAAAUAGUUCCCAGUAACAGAAUUCUGAGUAACUGGGUAAGGAUCGAGGAUAUACAAUAAUACUGUGGGAGACCUUGUUGAAUAAGUAAUAAAAAUCCAACUGCGUUACUAAUAUCGUCAUAAAAUAAAUCCUUGGACGAGAAAUCAGAUGCCUCUUUAACAUUCAUUUUGAUUUUAGUCAAUUCGGAUACGUCCUACAACAAUUUACCCAAAAAAAAAAAAAUAAAACGCGUUACCUUUUCGUGAACAAUUCACAAAAAAGGGUAACGAGAUUCGAAUUUUUUUUUUAUUUUUUUUUCGAGUGCAUAUAAAUAUUUUAGUUGACCGCUGUGUAUAAUUCUUGGUACAUAAAGCUGUCGAACAUCGGGUCCGCGAUGGAUGGCCAUCAAGCAUACGUCGCAUCGGUGGCGAGCAACCAUAAAUCCCGUAAUGAGCGGUCACAGUCUGAUUGUCAGUUCGAGUUUUAUAAUUAAAUUUGGCGGUUUGAUUCAGGUAUGGGAUCGUAAAAACUGCGGGUGAAGGGGUCCGAUUGGAUACCGGAGGCGGGUACACGCCCCCUCCCUCCGUCUAGCGCACGGUUUUUAUUGCCUUUUCGGUAUGAAAAUAAUGGAGAGCCGGCCCCACGAUGUGCAAGCCGUAAAAUAUUUUAUCGAUCACCGCCGAAGAAACGAGUGAGUGAAUGCGAUCAUUAAAAUUGAAAUAAUAACAGUUGCCACGGUUUUUUUUCUUCUCUCUUAAAAACAAGGUGGUACGCGCUAUCCACUUCUGUUUUCCGCAAUAAUCUAACCUAAAAAAAUGUCAAACGUCAAAUUUACAACUAACUAAUGUCACUCUGUAUAUUUUUAUGUAUCGCAGACAUUGGAUCGUAAAUUUUGAGGUUAUGUGAAGAAAUUACGAAUACAAAAGUUGUAAAUCUUCUUCGUUCCUUUCUAUAGGGUAUGUAGUUUUGCCAGAAACCCUUAAAAACUCACCCCCUUCACUUUCCCGAUGUUAUAUCGCGAAUAAAUUGUUUUUUCCUUAUAAAAUGGGUCUAAAAUCAAGAAAUAUCGACGUUGCAAGAUAUUAAUUCGAAUUUAUAUACCCCCAAGGGUUGUUUUCAAGUAAAUACAACCCAUUAAUAUCGAUAAUUAUAAAAAUAAUACGGAUAUGUCAAAUGUCAAUGUCACUCUGUAUAAUUGAAUAAUUGAAAACGAAAUUUUUGAAUUUUAGUUCGAAGAAAAGUAAAAGCAUUAGAAAUUUGUCAGUGUCUUAUUUACUAUUCCUAAUGUUAGUAUUUUAAAUACAAAAUUCAAAGGUAAAAACGUAUCGACACGGUCCACAGACAGACAAGUUGUUGCAUUUCGUGCCGUGUAUGACACAUGCGCACAAGUUCGAUUUAUCAUUUCUUCUAUAAAGACAGUUGGUAUGGAAAUAAACUUUAUCCAUAUUGCGCAUGCUUCAGAAUGCGCAGAAGCGAACUGGAACAUCGGACGAUUGUAUCUUCUUGACAAAGAUGGCGAAUUUCGUUACUUUUACACGUUUAAAAAUUAAAUUCUUGAUAGAUUUUUAGAGACUAAUUCGCCAAAAAUUACGAGUCGUCAAUAAUUGGGAGUCUAAACGUCCAGUUUAAUAAAUUGACUUCAUAGUAAAAGUGAAUAUUAAUUGAAUUGUCGUUAGUGGUAAUGAAUUAUAUCAAAAUGGCGGUACAACCGAACGUGAUUAUUUAUCCAAUUCCGAAUAAUAAAAGAUAACAAAUUUGAAAUGUUAAGUACUACUACUAAAAUCGAGUUUAGUGUCGAAAAGUUCCAAGUGAAGUGUUCAUUGUUUUGUGUUUUUAUCGAAAAAGUUGAAAAAACUAUUUAAGUCUCAUAAUGAAGAGGAUAUGAGCGAUGGCGACGGGGGUCAUUCUGGUGGCGAUAACGACGAUUUAGACAGCGGGGACGAGAUGCGACGUCAUACGAAUCUCCUAACCGAACACGGCGAUGUCCUCGCGAAACUUAAAAUGCAGGUGCGGGACAUCAAGGUAGGGGACGAUUACGAUACCGGCGGCGGCGGCGGCGGUAGAUCUCUCAAUUUAAGUUUUUCGUCGAUGGGAAAUCGCGGUAUAUCGAUACCGAACGGUACCGGUCAAGACGGCGGUUUCCAAUUACCAGUUUCGUUUCCGUUUCCGCAUCCAGCUUUUUUGCCACCGAUGGCGCCACAACCGGCAGCGCCCUCUUCGGGAAGUUCCCAUUCUUCGGAAGGCAGCGCUUCCUCGCAACACACCUGGUCCUUCGAGGAACAAUUCAAACAGGUGCGUCAGUUGUACGAAAUCAACGACGAUCCAAAAAGGAAGGAAUUUCUAGACGAUCUUUUCUCCUUUAUGCAAAAACGAGGGUCGCCCAUCAACAGACUUCCGAUAAUGGCAAAGUCCGUUCUCGAUUUGUACGAAUUGUACAAUUUAGUAACGGCACGCGGGGGCUUAGUAGACGUAAUUAACAAGAAAUUGUGGCAAGAAAUCAUCAAAGGGUUGCAUUUACCAUCUUCGAUCACUUCGGCGGCGUUCACUUUAAGAACACAAUACAUGAAAUACCUGUACCCGUACGAAUGCGAAAAAAGAAGAUUGAGUACUCCGGCGGAAUUGCAAGUGGCCAUCGACGGUAAUCGAAGAGAAGGCAGAAGAAGCAGCUACGGUCAAUACGACACGAUGCAGCGUCCGCCCAACGCCAGUUUGCAGAUGUCGCCUUUGACUCUAGUCCCCCAACAACAACAACAGUUGGCCGCGAGGAUGCUGGGAGGUGGAAUGGGUCUGCACCACAACGGAGCCCAUCAUCCCAGCCAUCCGCAACCGAUGGGACAACCCAUGAACGGCGGACCGAUACCGGGCGUGGCGCCCAGCGAUUUCGAAGUCCGUAUGAUGGAAUAUAUGAAGCUGCUUAACAAAGAGCUGCAUAGGCCGGCGGCGGUGACGCCGCCGCUGCGUCAAGAAGAACCUCCGAAUUCGACUUCCACGCCCGAUCCGUCCGAAUUGUCUCGAUUGACGCUUUGGAAUAUAUACAAUAAUAAUCAAUCGCCGGUAGAACCUCAAAAAGAACCGAUCAAUCUCUCUGAAACGUCCUCUAAUUUAUCGAAAAGGGAAUCGGAAUCGAGGGAAUCGCCGCCUCCCGCUAAAAGGAUCGUCAAAGAAGAAGAUAUUCCAGAAUCUUCCAAAUCCGUGUCUUCUUCGGCUACGCAUAUCAAAAUUAAUAGUAGAGGUGAUUCCCGGAACGGAGACAACUCCUUGGUGGUCAGCAUGGAAUUGAACGGGAUCACUUACCAAGGAGUUUUAUUCGCCAUGACUAAUCCGUCGACGUCCGGAGGUAAAACGACGUUGGCGUCUUAAUAAUCGCGGCGAGACGCGUCUACCGUUUACAGAGUGUUCGAUAAAUAGUGCGCAUUGUUUAUUUAUUUUUUUAUAGAUUUUUAUCGUUUCGGUUCUUUUUAGCGAAAGGAUAAUUUUAAAGAAAGCACAAAAUAUGAUUUAUUUAGCGAAUUCCGGGCUUUAUAUUUAACCGUUGACAAUUUUCUUUAUCUAUUACGUCGUUAUCUUUAAUAUUUUCGUCGGGAGUUUCCCGUAUUCUUCAGUUUUUUCGCCGUUUUACCAUCAUCAACUUGGGUUUUUAUCAAAUUUAUUGUCUCCGGUUGAUUUUCAUCCCUUGUGCAUUCAAAGUAUCGAAAAACCUCUUUUUCACGUUUAUUUUAUCAAAAUAUCGACCCAUCUCCAACUUAUCUAAUCGAUUUUUCAUUGUAAUGUACCAAACGACAAAAAGUGUUUUCAUUCUAAUGUACCAAACGACAAAAAGUGUUUUCAUUGUAAUGUACCAAACGACAAAAAGUGUUUUAACUAUAAUGUACCAAACGACAAAAAGUGUUUUCAUUGUAAUGUACCAAAUGACAAAAAUUGCAAUUUCCACUUCGUCGUUUCGAUAAAUUUUCGUGCAAAUGUUUGUUUAUGUUGUCAACGGUCGAUAUAACGUUUCGGGACUUCCAAAAUACAUUUUUAAAAACAAAAAUUUCGGUUUUCCAAGUUUUAACGAGAGGAAAUACAAAUAAAUGUAAAGCGAGUGCAAUAUUUCGAGGACUAAAUCUCAUUUCCUCUAUUAAACUUGAUUUUUUUCCUUAUAUAUGAUUUUUAAUAAAAAAAAUUACGUAUACAGUACGUCCCAAUAAUAAUUAUUUCAAUAAUAAUGAAACCUACUGUAUAUUAUGAUGUUUUAACUACAUAUCUACUUUUUUUUUCGUCUAUUUUAUGUAUAUUUGACCUUGUACAGAUUUAUUAUUGUAAAUAAUUUUUUAAACUUGAAUUAUCUUAUUCGAAUUUGUAAUACUGAAAAAAAUACGGACUUUUUAACGUUUUUCUUUUUUAUUUUAUCUUUCUAUUUGAUAUUUAAGUCUACCGAAGUAGAUAUGAGUUAAAUUUGAAAUGUAUUUCCACUUUUCUUACGCCCCUCGUAUAAUAUAACUAUCAAAAUUUACGUUCGGGGUACGGGAAAAAUAUGUUUACGUAUAAUUUUAUAACAAUUAUAAACCAAAUGACAAAUAAACGUAUUUUCUAACAAUUGAUUUUCUAUAAGUUGGAAUUUCCAUUAAAUUUAAGAUUAUUUAUUUUAUUUACGUAAUAUUAGCGUCAUUUUUAUAUAUUCGUGUAUUCAAAUCGAAUAAAAAUUGUAAUUAUUCGAUACAAUUAUCAAGUGUAACUUUUCGUAAUUUGGUUCAUUAGUUCUAAAAAAAAAAUGUAAAAUUUUCCAGUUUAAAAAAAAAAAUUAUAAUCAUAUCGAUCUCAUAUUUUCUAGUUUAGAAAACUUUCUUUAUUGUGAGUGUUUUUUAAUACUAUAAGCGGCCAGUUUGUUAAAUAUUAAUUUUUUCCGGUACAUAAUCAUAUAUCUAUAGAAUUUUUUCAUUUAAAACGACAUCUACUUAUGUUAAAAUUAAAAAUAAUCAAUCAUCUUUUUCUGAAACAUCUACUUAUCUAGUCAAAAAAUCGUUUUCCAACAAACUACACCACAUGUACUAAAAAAUUCUUUUUGUUUGUGCCACCUUGUAUCUCGAGUUCGUCUUGUCUCGGGUCGCUUCGGCGAAUAUAUCCUACCAACACAAUUCAUUAUAUUUCCACUAUACUAAAUACGAAUUCCCAUUCAUUAUGCAACACUUUAUACACCAGCGUCAAGGUUAGUCAUUAGUCACAACACUAAAACGGAUUUUAUACCAGACGAUUUGUACAUUUCUUGCAAGGUCAAAAUAUCGCGUAUUUUGUAUGUUGUUCGAUAUUAUACAAAUGCCAUUAAGCAAAACUAAAAUUUCCCCAUAAAAUAAUUAACAUAACCUAACUAAAAAAUGGAUGAAUCCUCAUUUGAAUUGAUUGUUGAAUACAACGUUUAGAUGUUUCAGAUGUUUAUUUAUGCAUAUGAUGAUUAAAAAUAAUUUUCACUAUGAGAUGAUUGCAUUUUAAAUUUCAUACGUGUAUUAUUUAUUGAAAUUAAUCGAAGAGUUUCCUCAAACUUGAGAAUGAUUCUCAUCGACAUUUUUUUUGUAAAUAAUUUAUAUAUAAAUAGUUAGAAAACCAGUAUUUUAGAAUAGAGUGUGGAUUAUUUCUAUGUUUUUUUUUGUAUAUUUGCUGAAAGACUGUUAAUUCAUAAAUAUAAUUUUGUAGUAUAUAGGGUGUAACAAUAAAAUAUUUGUUCUAGAUA